AUGGGGAGGAAAUCGAAGGCAGCAAAGCUUGAGGCUAGGGCUACCGUGGUUGAGAACCCAAUUCCUACUGUGGAGGUUGUGAAUGUUGAGCCUGAAGUGCAUAAAAACUCUGUUGACUUACCUUCAAGCAAGAAAGCAUCAAAGGGCAAAAGUGUGAUCAUUAGGCGAUCUGGACGUCUUCAGAAUUCAGCCCCACCUACCCACAACCAAGGGAUAGAACCCAUGGCUGUGACGUUUAAUCUUGUUGAAAGUGAUAAAGAAGAUGAGCCACAGGCUGAGCAAUCUAAGCAAAUGCCAGGUGAAGCAAGCUUCGCGGAGAAACUCAACUAUCUCUUUCAAAAUGUGGAAGAAUUGAAAUCUAAGGCGACCAACAAACAGUCCUCUAGUGAUGGCCCAUGCACUGACAUCAAUUACAGAAGCCUAUAUAUUGACUCACAAAAGAAGAAUGAAGCAUUAAAACAUGAAAAUCUUCAGCUUGCCAAGAAGUUGGAAUUUGCUCUUGGAAAAGUCGAAGCGUAUGAAAAAGUGAACGAUGUGAUGGAAAGCUUGAAGGAAGUUAUAUUAGUCUCAAAUCUGGGGAAGGCUACUGGAGCGGUAAUAGAUAUAUCCUCUCAAGCGGUAUUUGGUAGAUUUUCUCCUCCGCGUGCUGAAACCCAAGCUUUGCCUAAGAGAAAGAAACUUGCAAUCAAGUCCAGACUGAGCAAUCAGAUCUCUCAAGAACUCUGUUUUUGCUCAGAUAUGGAAACUUUGACACUUGAAACUGAGAAUAUAGGCUCUGAUAUAUGCUCUGCUUUGGGGCUUAACCAAUCAAGCAAGGAGCCCCAAGUUCUCUCUCUUCUUUCUUCAAUUCUUGAGAGAUCUGUUCAGAGAAAUGAAAUGUUGUUGGAGACAAAACAAAUUAAAGAUGACUUAACCAUAUUUCAUGGUUCAAGAGCACCUUCUCUAGGCAUUCGACUAUAUAUUGAGCGUAUCUUCAAGUAUUCAUGCUGCAGCCCAUCCUGCUUUGUUGUUGCACAUAUUUAUGUGGAUAGAUUCAUUUGGCGCACAAGUUGUCAUUUAACUUCUCUCAAUGUACACCGGCUAUUAAUUACAAGUGUAAUGCUAGCAGCAAAAUUUGUUGACGAUGCAUUCUUCAAUAAUGCAUACUAUGCCAAAGUGGGAGGAAUAAGUACCACGGAGUUGAACAAACUGGAGAUGAAGUUUCUGUUUGGCCUGGAUUUCCGGCUUCAUGUGAGUGUUCAGAAGUUUGAGAAGUACUGUUUGCAGUUGGGAAAGGAAGCUACUACUGGAGGGCUCCAAAUUGAACGCCCACUCCCCAUCAAGGUUUGUCGAGUCAAAGAGAGCUGGUCCAACAAAGAUGAUUCCACUUGUGCUUCAACAGUUGCUAGAUGAAAAUUUGGAGUAGGAAUGAUAUUCUGUCGGUUACCUCAAGUGAGAAAAUGGAUGUUAAGUUGGUAUGUUAUAUUCAACUGUAGGGAGUAACCAACAUUUGAACAUACUGCUUUAGUUUUCCCUACCUGGUAGUAAAUAGGAUGCUCUAUGUUUUUAGCUGUUCCUUCCAUGAUUCUUUCUCCUCAAUGCUGUCAUCUCUUUAGUUGGAUUGCCUUCCUGGUUUGGGUCUUUGUCCAUACAAGUAUGUGUAUAUACAGAUUGUGCUUGUUUGUAUCAUAAGUUUUGUUCUAGUUAUCUUUGUCGCCUGAC